CGUCAUGCUGAGCGCCGUGGCCCGCGCAGUCGUCCGCUGCGCGCGUUGUUCCCGGCCGCAGGGAGCUCGCUCGCUUGCCAUGGCCCGGCCUCCGCCGCCACGGUCCGCCUCGGGCGCCCUGGUCCGGCCCGCCACGGUGCUCGGCACCAUGGAGAUGGGGCGCCGCAUGGACGCGCCCGCCAGCGCCGCGGCCGUGCGCAUCUUCCUGGAGCGCGGCUACACCGAGCUGGACACGGCCUUCUUGUACAGCGACGGCCAGUCCGAGAGCAUCCUGGGCGGCCUGGGGCUCGGGCUGGGCGGCGGCGACCGCAGAGUGAAAAUUGCCACGAAGGCCAACCCUUGGGAUGGAAGAUCACUGAAGCUUGACAGUCUCCGGACCCAGCUGGAGACAUCAUUGAAGAGGCUCCAGUGUCCCCAAGUAGACCUCUUCUACCUACAUGCUCCUGACCACAGCACCCCAGUGGAAGAGACGCUGCACGCCUGCCACCAGCUGCACCAGGAGGGCAAGUUUGUGGAGCUUGGGCUCUCCAACUAUGCUGCCUGGGAGGUGGCCGAGAUCUGUGCCCUCUGCAAGAGCAAUGGCUGGAUUCUGCCAACUGUGUACCAGGGCAUGUACAACGCCACCACUCGGCAGGUGGAGACUGAGCUGUUGCCCUGCCUCAGGCACUUUGGAUUGAGGUUCUACGCCUACAACCCUUUGGCUGGAGGCCUGCUGACCGGCAAGUACAAGUAUGAGGACAAGGAUGGGAAACAACCUAUUGGCCGCUUCUUUGGGAAUAGCUGGGCUGAGACCUACAGGAACCGCUUCUGGAAGGAGCACCACUUCAAGGCCAUUGCCCUGGUGGAGAAGGCCCUGCAGGCCACUUAUGGCUCCGGCGCCCCCAGCAUGACCGUGGCCGCCCUCCGGUGGAUGUACCACCACUCCCAGCUGCAGGCUGCCCACGGGGACGCAGUCAUCCUGGGCAUGUCCAGCGUGGAGCAGCUGGAGCAGAACUUGGCAGCCGCUGAAGAAGGGCCCCUGGAGCCGGCUGUCGUGGAGGCCUUUCACCAAGCCUGGCACCUGGUUGCCCACGAGUGUGCCAACUACUUCCGCUAGGUCCCACGUGGGUCAGGCUGCUGUAGGCUCUUUUGCCGCCUUGUUUAUCCUCUCACCCUGGUCGUCUUGCCUAAUGCUCACUUGGCACCGUCUCUCCUGAUUGUCUCAAUCCGUGCACUGUCUUUCUAGAUUUCUGCUUCACUCCCUGUUGCCUUCAUGGUGUGGAAGGGCUGGGGCUGUGUCCUACAUGGGCAUUUCCUGUCUGAAUAAAGCAGGCGCUGGCCUGGCUGAAGCCCAGGCUGGAGUGAACCCCACA